AUGGCGCUGGGAAAGAGCGACUGCGGUGGACACAAGAGCUACACGACCGGUUUGAAGAAGCUGUUAACCAGCUCGGUGGCCCUGACAGUAUAUAAGCUCUCUCCUUCCAAUCCAACUUGCAUUGCGCGGGCUACUCCGAAAGGGAUCCUGAAGGCUAUGAGCAUUCCUGGGCUAACCAUCUACCAUGUCAAGAGCCACUUGCAGAAAUACAGGAUCUCCAAAUUUAUCCCAGAAACACCCAAUAGAGGGAUGGAGAGAAGGAACAUUUCGGAGAUGCUGCCCAAUUUCAGUGCCACCUCAGGAGCUCAACUGAACGAAGCACUGCAAAUGCAGGUGGAAGUGGAGAGGAGGCUGAGCGAUCAUCUUGAGGUUCAGAGAAGUCUAAAGCUGAAGAUCGAAGCUCAGGGGAGGUUCCUGGAGAGGAUGGUGGAGGAGCACAGGAACAGAGCUGCUUUCUCCAAGCCUAGGCCCUUCCCUACCAUGUCCUUGCCAUCUCUCUGCGACGAGUCCGAGUCCAACACCAAGGAAGACGAGUCGGACUCGGAAGGAGACCGCCUGGAAGUUCAGUCGGCACAGGAUUUCAGGGCUAUGAAGAGACUCAGAAUGGAGAACGACAUUCUGCCGCUGCGGUACAAGAUCUCUUCUUCAGUGGCUGCUGCGGCAGUACUGGAUCCCUACUCGGCGGCUGUUCAGAACAUGAUGAUGUUUCAGAAAGAUGCCAAGUUCUCGUACCCAACUCAAGGGAUCAACUUUGCCUGGAACAACAUGGCCCGCCCCACCCCACUGCUACCUAGCUUUUUCUGAAAUCAAAACCACAGUUGAGGACUAACGCAUUAUUUGGAUUGUUUCUUUUUUAUUUUUUCGUAAACAAUACAUGAAGUAGGCUGUUUUGGGACGAUCGAAUAAGGGAGAAAGAAAACUAAAAAAAAAUCCAUUUUCGCACCAUUAUAAUAUCAUCUAUUUAUUUAUCUUGGAUGUCUAGCAAUAAGCAUCCUAAUAUGAUGCAUACAUUUUUCCUUCUUUUUACCCGAAAAGGUUUAUGUAUUGUGGUGAGUGGUGACUCUAUAUAUGUAUCAAUGUGAUAAUGUUAAAACCUUGAAAAACACAGUGUCU